AACAAUCGACGAGCUGCCAAUUUUCAUCUCGCUACCGCUAGGAGCAACAAGGAUACGCCAAGAACUUCUGGGCAGCCGCACUAAGUCGAACGAAUUUAUUCCUCGCACAGUCAGAGAAAGAUGGUCGCUUUCAGUCAGGUUUUCGGCUCGGAUGUGUUUCACUUUCCUUCCUCCGGGCGGAGUCAGGUACAUCAAGGAGACAGUAGGCUCCUGGGUGCAGAUCUUGUUUCUUUGCCGGGUUUCGACUCAUCUGCAGCAGGAACGCGGCCUGGUGGUAGUCGUCCCUCUACUUCUUCCUUUGUAGGAACCUCGUCAACCUUAACAUCGACAUCCUCCUCCUCUUCGUCCCCAAAACCCCCAAUGAUAAGAAGCACUUCCUUUCUGAAUCUCCUUCCCCAGUCGGUGGCCAACCUGUUCUCCGGACGGUCCGCGGGGAAUCCAGAGGAGAAAAAUCUGAACGAGCUGUUCAAAGACGCGCAGGCAGAGGUCGUAUGAAUGUGCACAACUCUUGUUCCCCUUCAUUCGUAUAGCCAUGAACCGCAUUACAAAGACCAGCGAUCCUGGAGCCUGUGCAUGACAAGUUCUUCAUGCGCCGAAUCUAGUUUACUGUUUUGGCUCCUUCGAAAUUUCUCAUGCAAAUCGUGCCACAGUGACAAUGUUGCACCUCCGACCGCAUUUAGUAUUUUGCAUUUACAAAUGAGGGGGAUGGCGGAGAUUUGUGCACUGUCAUAGGUCGACCGCGUGAAUCACAAAGUGAAGGACCUGUUCCUGGGAAACUUCAAGCAAACCAUCGAAGAUCUGCGGGUGGCCGCGAAAGAUCGCGAGAAUACGUGGAAGGAGUUAUCCCCUGUAGAAACGUCCCCACCUCCCCAGAGUUGUAAUGCAAACCUGCCUGCUUUAAAUGUUUCUCAUGCGGAGACCCAUGAGAUGCAUUUUCAAAGUAGUGUUUUCAGACUUGUGAUGCUCGAAUCAGCAUAAUGGGCUAAAUCUGUGAUGCGGCUGCACUAAUUAAACACGACUACAUUGCGAGCCCAAAUUUGUCAUGUGCCACAGCCAAAACCUGUUGACUUGUCUAGCACAUUUUCCAUCUUGUUGACUAAGUAUAAUGGGGUGUGAACGUUAUUCCACAGAAUAGGAGUUCAUUUCCAACGGAGACCACGGACUGGCCACGUAUUGCUCCAAACUGAAGAAUAUGCAUUGGACAAAAGUAUGUGCACGUGCUUGUAUAUGUAUGUGGAUGUCGCGCUGCAUGACUACGCAUAAUUUGUCAUCUAAUAGAUACCCAAUUCUGCAUGAGAGACUAAAGCUUUGCCUCUGGAAAAACAACUUGGAUAUGCAUGCACCAAACAGUCGAGUGCGAUCCUUUUGCAGUGCAUGAAGAAGCUACUGGAAGAUGUGGAGACCAACACGGAUGGCUGCCGAAAAGCCCAGGAACUGUGGAUAUGGAUUGCAAAACUAUCGUACUACUAGUACUAGUACAACUUGCAUUACAACUUUUCUCCGCAUGACAUUUGGAAUUUGUAAUGCAGAUUUACCGUUAUGAAAAUCAUUUGUAAAGCAUAAAUGCAAUCACUACGCGUACGAAACUUUUGCAGAGGAUACUGGAAGAAAACCGGUAAUCCCACGGGGGACAACUCUCCGGGGAACAAGCAGCUGUUGAUCCAGGGGUGUGCGGUAUCAAGUGCAAAUAUGUCUGGGGCUGGCAGAUUGCGAGCUUUGUCAUGCUAGUCUAGCAUCACUCUGAGCUUUGUACUGCGUGGCCGCAAAGAGCUCCUCUUGCCUGUCACGCAAAAACGCAGUUUCUCAUGCGGAGUACGCAACUUCAAACCACGGAAAAACUUGUCAUGCUUGGCAGCGUAUUAGAGUCUGCUCUCUAUUUCCUUUCUUGCAUUACAAGUUUUCAGACCCAGACAUAUUUGCAAUUGAUACGCGGACACGGCGUACAAAAAGCAGUUAAAAUCCAAAACCUGCGAAACCACCGACGAGAAACUGCUGUGCACGUGGCUUCGGGAGUCCGUGAUCCCGGAAAACCACUGGAAAUCCUUCUUCGAGCCGGGAUAUGCAUUGCGAAAGUAUCGUACGUAGCGGUAAUUGCAUCACAAAUUUAGCGAGAAAGCAGGAGAAGGAGUUUGUCAUGCAGAUUCAGGUAUGACAGGAGCACAUUUGUAAUGCAAUUAGUGCGAGACGAAGACGAGUACGAUACUUUUGCAGUUCACAUGGGAUCCGGGGCUUGCGUCAUCGGGAGCGAAGCGAGUUUCAACCAGCCCUUGCUGAAUGAAGCGGAUUUGCACUGAGGGAGUAAAAAACUGGAGAAGAUGAGACCACAAGCUGUAGAACACGCAAGAGGGACGAGGAGGACGGAGGGAACGAGGAGAAGGAUGAAGCAUCUAUCGGGGUGGCUGCUGGGAGCAGUUUGCCGUGUUUAUUUAGUGGUGUUUUUCAAGAAGAACGAGAAGAAUACGAGCUUUUGUUUCCGAGAAAACGGCGCACAGUUAUUUAUCUGACCUGAGCUUCUCUUUAAUCAGUUUCUAAUCGGAUGAAAGAAAAUGUACGGCACCACGAUUGACGAGCAACAGCAUUUCAAUCUUUCAGUUCAAGAGAAUCUCUUUCAGGGCUUUUCCUGGAGAUCAACAUCGCAAU